AUGGAGAUAGAAUCCACAGAAAUGGAGCACGAAUCUGUUACAGCAGUUGAAGGAGACAGAGAGGAGCAUGGUAUAUCUAAGCUGCCUGAGGAAAUGAAGAGAUUGGUAUUUUCAAAGCUUCCAUUUGAAUCAAUCUACAGCUCUCGCACAGUCUGUAAGGAAUGGAAUUCCAUUUUAUCCUCCGACAACUUUCUCUCAUCAUUACCUGCCCAAAAUCCAUUGCUUCUUAUCUCCAUUGGUCAAAUUAAUAAUAAAUGCUCCUGUAUAACCUACUCGUUUUCCACACAAAAAUGGAUGAAAUUCCCUAUUUCUUUUUACCCACAUACUGAGGGAUGUGACAGGAACAAUAGAGUUUGCUCUUGUGUGAGAGAUGUAUCAAGCACGACGCAGGGGUUACUGCUGGUUGAACAAAAUCCCGCUCAACAAUUACUUGUUUGCAAUCCCCUUAUGAGAUCGUGUGUAGAGGUAGAAAUGGAUUUCACGUCCAAAAUAAUCCGUAUUGUACGGGGAAGUAAAAAAGAGCCCUAUUUGAUAGCGUACUCCAAAAAUGAAAUUUUUUCCUUCGAUAUCUACCAUUAUUUUGAAGAUUCAUGGAGGAUUAAGCUUCAGUUUGCAGAGGAAAGGGGAAAUAAUAUAUUAUGCCGUGAAGCACUUGUAAUGGUUGAGUGCAAUGGCGUUCUUUUCUGGAGGGAAAGAUCACAGGCAACAAUUGUGGGUUACAAAAUCCAAGAUGAGGGUUUCAUUAGCACUGUUACAGUGGCUCCAUUUCCCGUGAAAAUGGUUCAAGAUUUGAAUGCGCAUGUUAAACCUGUUCUUUGUAUGGUUCCGUAUGGUUCCUCCGUUCUUUUGGUGGUGACCACUCGGGAGCCGUCUCUACUUGGCGAAACUCACCCAUCGUUUGGAGGAAUCCGGCCAAACAAGACGGGGAUUGUUAUCUGGGAGUUGUUUCAGGACGAGAAAGACGAGUUGAUUUGGAGGUGGAAAGAAUUUGCAAGGAUGUCUCCACAGUCGCUCCCUGAAUUUUCGAGAGAUGCAGAUUUUUGGAAUAAGUGUGUUUGUGUGGGAGAUUACCUGUGCUUUCCCAGUCUAUGGCCAUGUGACAGUCUAGAGGUGCUUGCAUGUAAUCUAAAGGUGUAUGCAUAUAAUCUAAAGGGAGGGUUCUGGCAACACGUUCCUCCCUGCAAAAUCCAGUACAAUAAAAAGAUUAGGAUCUUGAGGAUGAUGUCCUUCGAACCGAGUUCAAUCAUUGAUUCUUGGGAAGAUCGAGCGAAUGAGGGAUUACAUUCAAGAAACGAGGAAUGA